AUAAGGAUUGGUGACGUUACGCGCUCAAGUAUGCAGAUCGUGUAGAUAUAUACGCACGCGAUCGCUUACGUAAAAUCCACGUGUAAGUGUUUAUGGAUCUGGAGAAACGCGUUAGAAUCAAAUAGAUUCUUGAUAGGAUAAGUUUUUAACCAAAGAGAGUCUGAACAUGGAGCUGGCCGGAAAGAUGAAUACAAUAAGGCAGACAGAGUUGAUUGGCUUUACUGAUCUGAAACAUAUUGAAAAUGACGACGAAAAUGAAACUCCACCCAAAUUAAAGACAUCGAAGAAAUCGGGAGGAUUCCAGGGAAUGGGUUUGAGUUUUCCUUUAUUAAAAGGAAUUUUGAAAAGAGGCUACAAAAUUCCUACUCCCAUCCAACGAAAGACAAUUCCAGUAGCACUAACGGGUCGCGAUGUAGUGGCUAUGGCUCGUACAGGCAGUGGUAAAACUGCUUGUUUUCUCAUACCCCUGUUUGAAAAGCUCAAAACGAGAAACGCCAAGGCUGGUGCUCGAGCAAUCAUCCUCUCUCCCACUCGAGAACUCGCUCUGCAGACCUUGAAAUUCAUCAAAGAUGUUGGCAAGUUUACGGGUCUAAAAGCCGCCGUAAUUCUAGGAGGGGACAGCAUGGACAACCAAUUCAGUGUUCUUUAUGGCAAUCCAGAUAUAAUAGUUGCCACUCCUGGUCGUUUUCUUCACAUCUGUGUCGAAAUGGACUUAUCUUUGAAAAAUAUCGAGUUGAUAGUUUUCGAUGAAGCUGAUCGACUUUUUGAGAUGGGCUGGGGAGAGCAGAUCCAUGAGAUCACCAAUCGUUUGCCAGAGAAUAGACAAACGCUGCUGUUCUCUGCGACAUUACCUAAAGUUUUGGUGGAGUUUUCAAAAGCUGGACUUAGUGAUCCGAUCCUUAUCCGUUUAGAUGUCGAGAAUAAACUGCCUAAUGAGUUAACUUUGGCUUUUAUAACCUGUAGGGAAGAAGAGAAAUUGGCGGUACUGUUAUGCCUUUUGAAGUAUGUAAUAGCCAAUGACUCUCCAACAGUUGUAUUUGCAGCUACAAUGCAUCAUGUCGAAUAUAUCCAUACAAUCCUGGACCAAGCAGGAAUCACAAACACUUUCAUUUAUUCGAAUCUGGAUGCGUCAGCCAGGAAGAUCAAUGCUGCCAAGUUCCAGAGUGGACAAGCGCGAGUCCUCGUAGUAACCGAUGUGGCAGCUCGAGGCUUAGAUAUUCCACAUCUAGAUAGUGUCAUCAAUUUUCAUUUUCCGGCGAAAAGUAAAUUGUUUGUACACAGAGUCGGGCGUUGUGCUCGAGCAGGACGCUCUGGAACUGCUUACAAUAUUAUUUCCAAAGAUGAAUUCCCAUAUUUAUUGGAUCUCCAUUUAUUUUUGGGGAUGGAAAUCAAUAUUUUGUCAUCAAGUGGUGAGACCGAUGAGACGGAGAAUUUCUCGAGGCAUGGAGCAAUUGGUAAAAUGCCACCAGAAAUGAUCGAACAAGAAUUAGCCGAACUUAACUGUUGGCACAACACUAUGACAGAUCUGGAGAACAUGUCUCGCGUUGCCAGAAAUGGAUAUCUACAAUACUUAAAAUCUCGUUCGCCCUCCUCUGUCGACGCUGUCAAACGAUCGAAACAGCUCGACAUUGGUGAUGCAGGUGUCUUUAAAGAGUACGGCAAUCUCUCUCCCAAGGCUGGAGAUUUUCUUUCUCAAAUGAAGAAGUAUCGCCCCUCAGGAACUAUCUUCGAAAUAGCAGUGAAGCCUUCAUCUACAGAUUACAAAGUAAUGAAGACGAAACGACAAUUUCACCAGAACGUAAUCAAAACAUUUAAAGAACAUGAAGAUGAACGUAAACAAAUCGGUAAAAACUUCAUAAUUGAAAAAUAUGCAAGACCUCAAACUGAUGACAAUUGUUCUUCUGAGAUCGCCGGAAUUUUCAGCCAGAUUAUCAUUCCCAAGAAGAGGAAACUGAAUGAUCUAUACAGAGAAUCUAGGACGAAGAAGAAAAAUAAACUACAAGAUCCCAACUUUUAUAUUCCCUACACAGCUUCUGAUAAACAUACUGAGGACGGUUUAGCUGUUAAUAAUUUUGCCAAUGCCGCUGAGCACGUUCAAAUGGAACUCACUGCUGACAAUGAAGAAUCCCGAAGACUGCAGAAACAGGUUAAGAAGUGGGAUAGAAAGAAGAAAAAGAUGAUUACUGUUAACAGCAAUUCUAAAGUCGGUAAAAUUAGGACCGAGUCUGGAGUUUGGAUUCCAGCUACCUAUAAAACAAAUCGGUAUGACCAAUGGAAGGAAAAAUCAAAAAUCGAUGAUGAAGUGAAUGGAACUGAUGAAGAGGAAGGAGAGAAUCACAGGCUUAAGACGACGUCAAGUACACACUGGGCAAGGCACAAUCAAAAGUUGAAGAAUAAAAUAGGAGGGAAAGGAGAGCUUAAGACACUGGAGCAAGUCGCCAAGUUGAGAAAAAUACAGGAGAAGAAAAAAAAUAAGGGAAAGAAGCCGAAGAGGUCUAAGAACAAACGAAGAGGAAAAUGAGGGCAUAAACCUAUAGACUUGGAGGUUUGUGGGGAAACCUUUUGAAAUAAUAAAAUAAAGUUUUGUCUAAGUAAAGUGUUGGUAAAUUUAUCUGGACCUUGUAUGGAACAUAUUC